UGCGCUGGCAACGGACAAGGAAAGGACGUCAUCCGAUUCAAAACAUUCGCAUUGAGCUCCGGAGUGCAGAAUAACCUCCCACAACGCCGACCGGUUUUGAAUGGCCGGAGGGGUAAUGGAAAAGCCAUUUCUCUUCAAGACAUGUCGGACUGUUUAAGACAACGCCUUUGUUGAAUGUUCCCUCUCCUUAACUACGAGAUAAGACGGAGUUAUUUCUCCCCGAUUGGCAGUCUGGUGGCAAGACGGACUGUACUUAGUUUGCACGUUACCUUCCAAACUUGAGUCCUUGUGGAUUUUGUCUGAGCACGACGUCCUAGCUGUUUGUGACCUUACAUAAGUUGCCAACCAUGAGUGAAACACCGUUCGAUGGGGUGGACUUGUAGCGUUCUUCUGGAGUUUACGUAAGGUAAGCCUUCCCAUGCCUGUGUUCCCGGCCCGCCGCCAUGGCGCUGAACGAAGGCCGCUUCCUGGUCAUCCAGCGCGCUGAGAAGCGGAACCGCAUGGAGGCGUCCGUGUACAACAAGAUGGAGAAGGUGCGCUACAGCCAUGCGCAGAAACAGCUGGAUGAGGCCAGGGGCCUACAGGAGUUGCGUAUCCAGCGUCAGUUCCAGCGCGUGCGCAGAACGGUUGUAGAGAACAACCUUCGGCAGGCCAUGCUGCGUCGGCUGGAGAGACAGGCGUCCGACCGGGCACUGGGCGGGACCUUCAACCACAACCUCGGCAAGUACGGCGGGUUGAAGAUGGACUCCCUGAAGCACGAGGUGGACCAGAUGCUGAAGGACAUGGACCCGGGCGUGCGGCGGGCCAAGCGCGCCCGCAAGCUGCUGGAGAAGGGUCGGCGGGACGGGCGCAUCCGGCCGUACGACAUGCACUCCGUCUGCCUCCCGCCCAUCGUCGCCGACAACCACGACGAGAUCGACAUCGUCACGGCCGCGCAGGACGGCGGCGCGGGGGAGAAGGGGCCGACCGCCGAGCCCAACCGGACCAAACUCCCGCCGUUACGCACCCUGAAGGCGAGCGUCGGUAUUGACGACAGCGACGACGAUUUGUGAUGAGCUGUGUUUCCAUGGAAAAUGACAUAAAACUGCAUUUGUAUUGAAACUCGGGUGACGAAAUGUUGGUUAAGGGGACGAACUCGAAGCCCAAAGAGAUCAAACUCCCACCACGCCGUUGCACCCUGGAGCCGAGUGUCUGGAUUGUCGACAGCGAUUCCAUGGAAACCGGUGUAAAACUGAACUUACAAACAUGUGGCGAACAGUCCACUGAAACGUCAGCAGGUGGAGAACAUUGGUUGUGCGAUGAGAACUGUGUUAACCAGUGAUUUACCAACCAGAUGGUACCAUUCACGGGUGACAGAAGACUCACGUGCACCUGUGUGGUUCGACUAGCCCAAGAAAUCUCCCAGAAAUAAGAAAUAUUUAUCAGAACACCUGUAAAUGCUGUACAGUGUAAGGAGUGGUGAAUGAAUACCUUCCAAUUUGCUCAUGCUCUACAAGAUUUUGAAAAAUAUAUUAUUAAGUUUUUGUAACGUUUUAGUAAAAUAACGUUACGCGUCGUCCGAAUUCCUACUGAUGGUUAGAUCUUUCAAAUUCGAACGUACUAAUAUCACAAAACUAAACUUUUAUCUCAAACUACGAAAAUGUCUAUUACCUUUAUAUGAUAGCAGACCUAACGUUUACAGAAAUUUUCUUUACUUUUACUGUACUUCAUUUUCUCUUUAUAUGUCCAUACACAAUGUUAACCAUUGUUUGUUUGUUUAUUAAUUUGUUUGUUCG